UCCGACGAACACAAUUACGGUACAUUCAAUUUGAGGUCUCCUCAUUGUGAAGUCACUGUCAUUCUAUCAACAAUGGCUUUUAAGCUGGUAGUGUUCGUGUGUGCCAUCGCCGCCGCGCACGCUGGGGUGAUCGCUCCCGCUGCAUACGCCGCUCACCCGGCGCCGGUCGCCUACGCCGCGGCACCCGUAGUACACGCAGCCCCUGCUCCACUUCUGCACUCCGCCCCCGUCGCCUACGCCGCGCCCGUCGCCAAGCUCGCCGCCGUGGCCCCCGUCGCUAAAGUCGCCGUCGAAGAAUACGACCCCCACCCUCAGUACAGCUUCGCUUACGACGUCCAGGAUGGCCUGACCGGUGACUCCAAGGCCCAGCACGAGACCCGCGACGGUGAUGUCGUCAAGGGCUCCUACUCCGUCGUGGACCCCGACGGCACCAAGCGCACCGUGGAGUACACCGCUGACCCCCACAACGGCUUCAACGCCGUAGUACACAAGGAGCCCGCGCACGUGAAGGUCGCAGCUGCCCCUGUAGCCUACGCCGCCCCCGUAGCGAAGAUCGCCGCUCCUGUUGCGUACUCUGCUGCCCCCUUGGUACACGCUGCUCCCCUUAUCCACCACUAAACGCUAUUGCAACUAGUCACAAUUGCCAUUAAAGACUUUAUUUAUUAUAAUGGAAUGUAUAAGCAAUAAACGUUUAAAGCGUUAAAA